AAAAGCUAUGAAUAAAACUAAAAUACUCUCAAGCUGUCUUUUAUCUCAGAUGCCAUUAUUUAUGGCUUUCAUUAUAAAAGGAGAGCAAUUAGCAUAGAUCCCCAAGAUUAAGCUAAGCACUUUCCAUAAACAGAAAAAUGGGUGGCUCCAUUUUAUUUCAUCACCUUUUUGUUUCAUCUCUUCUUAUUUUCACUUUGUUGCUGAAGGAUGUUCAUGCUAGCAAAGAGUGCUAUAUUGUGUACUUGGGAGCACAUUCACAUGGUCCAACUCCUUCCUCUGUUGACCUUGAAACUGCUACAUCUUCUCAUUAUGAUUUACUGGGUUCAAUAUUGGGAAGCAAGGAGAAUGCAAAAGAAGCAAUAAUUUAUUCAUAUAAUAAACAGAUUAAUGGCUUUGCAGCUAUGCUUGAAGAGGAAGAAGCUGCACAAAUUGCAAAAAAUCCAAAGGUGGUAUCUGUGUUUUUGAGCAAAGAGCAUAAACUGCACACUACACGUUCUUGGGAAUUUCUUGGAUUGCGUGGAAAUGAUAUCAACUCAGCUUGGCAAAAGGGAAGGUUUGGUGAAAAUACCAUCAUCGGUAACAUUGACACAGGUGUUUGGCCCGAAUCUAAGAGUUUUAGCGACAGAGGAAUUGGCCCAAUUCCAGCGAAAUGGCGUGGGGGAAACAUCUGUCAACUUGACAAACUCAAUACAUCUAAAAAAGUUCCAUGCAACAGGAAGCUAAUUGGCGCAAGAUUUUUCAACAAAGCUUAUCAGAAGCGUAACGGAAAACUUCCUCGUUCACAACAAACAGCGCGUGACUUCGUUGGCCAUGGUACUCACACACUAUCAACAGCUGGUGGAAAUUUCGUACCAGGUGCAAGCAUAUUUAACAUUGGAAAUGGUACCAUAAAAGGAGGUUCACCAAGAGCUAGAGUUGCAACCUACAAAGUGUGCUGGUCUCUAACAGAUGCCACUAGUUGCUUUGGUGCUGAUGUAUUAUCUGCUAUUGAUCAAGCAAUUGAUGAUGGUGUUGACAUAAUAUCUGUUUCUGCUGGAGGCCCAUCUAGUACAAAUUCUGAAGAAAUUUUUACUGACGAGAUUUCAAUAGGUGCAUUUCAUGCACUUGCUAGAAAUAUAUUAUUAGUUGCAUCUGCGGGAAAUGAAGGACCUACCCCUGGAAGUGUUGUUAAUGUUGCUCCAUGGGUGUUCACUGUUGCUGCUAGUACAUUAGACAGAGACUUCAGCAGUGUCAUGACCAUUGGUAACAAAACACUCACGGGAGCCAGUCUUUUUGUAAACUUGCCACCUAACCAGGACUUUACUAUAGUGACUUCUACUGAUGCUAAAUUGGCCAAUGCAACAAAUCGAGAUGCUCGAUUUUGUAGACCAAGAACACUUGAUCCUUCAAAAGUGAAUGGUAAAAUAGUGGCAUGCGAUCGAGAAGGGAAAAUAAAAUCAGUUGCUGAGGGUCAGGAAGCUUUAUCUGCAGGUGCAAAGGGGGUUAUUUUGAGAAAUCAACCUGAAAUUAAUGGAAAAACACUUCUUUCAGAGCCUCAUGUUUUGUCUACUAUCAGCUAUCCUGGAAAUCAUUCAAGAACAACAGGACGUAGUUUGGACAUAAUUCCCUCGGAUAUAAAGUCAGGCACUAAACUAAGAAUGUCACCAGCAAAAACUUUGAAUAGAAGAAAGCCAGCUCCAGUUAUGGCUUCCUACUCUUCUAGAGGACCAAAUAAAGUUCAACCAUCAAUACUCAAGCCUGAUGUAACUGCGCCAGGUGUGAACAUACUCGCUGCCUAUUCAUUGUUUGCAAGUGCAUCUAAUUUAAUAACAGACACUCGUCGAGGUUUUCCAUUCAAUGUAAUGCAAGGAACUUCUAUGUCUUGUCCACAUGUUGCCGGCACUGCUGGAUUAAUCAAAACACUUCAUCCUAAUUGGAGUCCAGCAGCUAUUAAAUCGGCUAUAAUGACCACUGCAACCACGAGAGAUAACACCAACAAGCCUAUAAGCGAUGCAUUUGAUAAAACACUGGCAAAUCCAUUUGCUUAUGGUUCAGGACAUAUUCGACCCAACAGUGCCAUGGAUCCAGGACUUGUUUAUGAUCUAGGGAUUAAAGAUUACUUAAACUUCUUAUGUGCUUCUGGAUACAACCAACAACUCAUUUCAGCACUUAAUUUCAACAUGACAUUUACUUGUUCAGGAACUAGUAGCAUAGAUGACUUGAAUUAUCCUUCAAUCACAUUACCAAAUCUUGGAUUAAAUUCCGUUACUGUCACUCGCACAGUUACUAAUGUUGGGCCACCAAGUACAUAUUUUGCUAAAGUUCAAUUGGCUGGAUAUAAAAUUGCUGUUGUACCUAGUUCCUUGAAUUUCAAGAAAAUAGGUGAAAAGAAGACAUUUCAAGUUAUUGUGCAAGCAACAAGUGUGACUCCAAGGAGGAAAUACCAAUUUGGGGAACUGCGAUGGACAAAUGGAAAACACAUUGUAAGGAGUCCUGUUACUGUUCGGCGCAAAUGAAAGGAUUUAAUGUGUUAUUAUUGGAUUAUACUAGUCUGCUUUUGUUAUUUCAUCGAUUUUGUUGUUGUUGUUUGGGUAUGACAGUGUAAUAGUUUUGUAAUAAUUAAGAGUAUAUAUAUGUGUCGUAAUAAUUGAUAUAUGGGAGCAAUGCGACCUAUAUUGUGCACAACCAUAAACUUUGUACCGCAUUUUGAUGGGUUCGAUUUAAUAUCUUGUUUAAGUGAUGAAUGGAGAGAAAUGUGUAAAUUCACUCGAUAAGAGAAACUGCAAUACAACAUAUGGGGAUACCUGCAGCGUCAGUUGUUUCACAUUUUUUA